UUUUUUUUCUUUUUCACACCCACUUUAUUUUUCUUUCUUCUUAUCCUUUGUUUUAUUUCGCGUCUACGCAAGUCGUAUGCCUCUCAUGACAUACAAGAGUGGUUAUGAACCUAAAGAUGCACGAACAAUCAAUACCUAUGAAGAAGAUGACGACUUUGAUGACUUUGACGAUUGGAGUUUGGAAACAACACCACCGCGGCCAAGACGACGAAAAACAGGAACUCAAGCUUUGGUAGAAUUUUUAAAUACAACAAGUCCUGAAGAAUUUCAGAAACUAUCACCUACAACAACACAUUCAACACCAACAAAAAGGACUUCUACUCCAUUCUUUUUACGACGAAGAAAUAAAAAUAAAUCCACUACUUCAACUCCAUCUGCUUCUUCUACUGGUGCCACUUCUUCUAUUACUUCUUUAUAUCAACAAGGCGCUCCUAAUACCAUCCACCGGAAAAACUAUAUUGAAAUCAUUGCUCACAACCCAAGAAUGUUCCAUUAUCAUGAUCUUAAUAGUGGUAAUACUGGUGUUCCGCUUUCAACUACUACUACUAAUUCAAGUACUAUACAAACUAUGGCAACUACCAGCAAGAUUUCCUUAAAUGAGCCUGUCUUACCAACACGUCGUGAUUCAAGUCUUUAUGCUGCAUCUAUUCGAAGUUUAUCCAUCAAAUCACCUCCUUCACCUUAUCCAACCAAAAUCAAUACAACAGCAACAACAACAACAACGACAGGUACUACUGCUACCUCAUCGACAACGACUACUUCUUCACUUAACAAGUCCAUUAUCACUUCUAAAGACAAUGAUAAUAAAGAUAAUAACAACAAGGAAAUGAUGAAGAGGAAAAUGGUCGAUGAUAUGAUAGCGGCAUGUGAUGGAAUGGAUGUGAUUGAAGCUGGCUUGAUCCAACGUUUGAAACAAUGUCAAUUGUACGGUAUCGACAAACCUAUGGAUGUAGUAACAACUCUUUUGACGGAAGAACAUAUUCGUGCUUUGAAAGUAUCUUCCACUGGAACAACCACUUGGACGAAUGAUCAAAUGGAAGGAAAAAAGAAAAAAGUACGACAUGUACAAGUUCAAACUUUACCUUGGGAUGGAUUAACAACAAUCAAUCAAGAUCAUGAACCAUUUUCUUCUUUUACAUCAACAACAACUUUACAAAACAGGAAUUCAACAUCAUCCGAUAAUACAGAUUCGUUAUUACUAGUGGAAAGCCUUCGACAGGAAAUCGCACAGGAACGACAGGAACGACAACGAUUGCAAGCAGCAUUAGAGGCAUCAUGUGAUCAUUUUGAAGUGUUGAGCGGGCUGGCCUACAAGAAACUACGUGAAUUAUGGGAAGAAAAACUACGAUGGGAAAACGCUUGUAUAGAACUGAAUGACAAAUUAGUGGCCCAUGGACUCCAUUAUAAUACUAAUAGUAAUUUGGAAUUGAAUGAUCCACCGAUGACUGAAGAUUAUCAACAUAGUGAAUAUCAAUAAUAAUAGUAGUAGUCAGUACUAAUAGUAGUUUUAGUGUAUCUCUUUAUAGUUUAAUUAUAUGAAUAAAAAAAAAAGAAAAGUCUUAUAUAUUUCUAUUAUUGAAUAAUAAAUAAAAACAAGGUUUAUGAUUG